AUUAGGUUCUUGCAAGUCCGUGUGCGAUUGGAUCCGUGGAUGCCAAUUAUUUAUGGUUUUGUACUUCGCCUAGAUGAUGGGUCUAGAACUUGGAUCCAAUGCCGUUAUGAAAGGGUACAUAAAUUAUGUACCAGGUGUGGUUUGAUUGGUCACAGUAGAAGGCAGUGCAAUGUGAGCAUGGAUGAGGUGGAGAGGUGUUUGAUUCGUCAAAGGCAACGUUUACAGCGGAUCUUUCAUGUGCAGUAUGGUUUUGAGUCUAUGGAACCUCACUUCCACAAUGAGCUGAGGGCCUUCUACAAUAGACGGAGGCAUUGGACAACUCAGGUUCGUGGUGACAACAUGCAACCUAAUAAUCAUGAUCAACCUCAUCAUCCUGACCCAAAUCCUAUUCAUCAUUCACAUGAUGGCAAUAAUAACAUGCAAGCUCAUAACCCUGGUCACAUGCAUCAUCCUGAACCAAAUACUACUCUUCAACCACCAACUGUUUGUCCUCUAUCCCAUGGUGAGAAUGUACAGGUUUCCUCUGAACCACUUAAUCUUGUCACGGCCCAACACCAGCAGACUGACCAUGCAAAUCUCUCCUCCGCCAUUUUUACUCUCAAUUUAGGUAAUACCCCUGUGAAUUCCACUGCCUCAUCCACUGAUAAUACUCCAUUACACCCAACCACCACCACGGACCUGAAUCUGGUUCAAGAAGAGACAUUGCAAGGUUCGAUUAACGAAGAAGCUAGACUCAAUUAUCCCCUUAGGGAGACUUGGAUAGAGGGUACAGGCCCAUUUCUCACAACUGGGGAAUUGAGAGUUCAAACAAGGGUGAACUCAAAUACAGACAGUGAUUCUGAAACGGUGAGGAUGUUUAAUCUGGAUAUGCUGAAUGAAGGUCGUCCUGAGUGGGUACAUAGCGAUGCAUGGGAUGCAGGACAAAUUCCUGAAGUUGCUGCCCCUAUUGCUCAACCUGUAGCUAACAGAGUGGACAGAGAUAUUAGUUCUGGGCCGCAGGAUAGAAGAGUUUCUGAGGCAGGCCCAUCACAGACUAUAAGCCUUGAUACUGGCCUUAACUCCUUUUUUGGUUCUGAGGGGCAUGGGCUAGGCCCAGGUCCACCUUCACCUGCCUCUAUUAACUCUGAUCCUGGUUAUCUAUCAAGUCUGCAUUGUGAUGUGUUGCCUGGGACAACCUGUGCUGCUAGGAAGAGGUUCGGACCUGAUUUGGGGAGGCUAGGAAGGAACAUUAGACAGAGGUUACUCUGUGGUUUUCUCCAAAAAGAAGGUACAAAGAGGCUUUCCUUGACCAACCAAGAGACACUUGUCAGCCAAGAAGAUAUCAACCAGAACACUACUCAGCCUCAGGGCAGUGGCAGUUGAUCGUUAGGCUUGCUGGAGCCAGGAGCAAGAAGCCAAAUCGCUGGUCUUCAGCUUAUGAAGCUAUUACUAGGCAGGGAGAUAGCUUGUUUUAUGGUGUUAAUAGUAGUGUAGCUGAUACAACAUGUGGGGCGCUGUUGGAUGCUAUGGUGGAAGCUGCUCUCAAAGCAAAAAACCAUGGUUUCCAGUUUGUUUUGUUUCUAGGCACCAGCAGACAGUUAGUUAAUCUAAUUCAGCAUAGGAAGACCACAAACCGGUUGCAACAGAUCCGGCUUGCUGAUUUAGACUUUUUGAACCAU